UGGCAACCACCCCAGAGCUCGUUCACACUUCGAGAUGGCUCACGGUGGCUCGGUGACUUGUACAGCUCCAGCUCCUGCUUCACUUCCGAGGGCGAAGGCACGCUGUCGCUGCCCAACGGACUCGAGAAACAAUGUAUUCUGCAGACAGGACAUGGGCGUAAUGUGCACCUGUGGACGGAGGACGGGAGUGAGAAGUACGUCCUCAGCCUGGAGACUGGUGCGCUCGCGCCCACGGAUGAGUUCAAGUACGAGCAACAUGCAGACGAUGACGAUGAUGAUGACGCCGACGUUGAGGAACACACUGACACCACCAUGUCUGCAACAACAUCCAUCUGA